AUGAACAUGGCGCCCGGCCCAGGCAUUGCGUAUGGGACUGAUAAUCACAGCGUCCUCGUCAGCAUCAGCGACGGGUGGACCACUGGCCCAUGCAGCGGUGCUCAGCAGUUGUGCCAGCUGCACGCGGGUGUAUGGGCUGCCAUGCUCAGGGUCUUGCGGGUCCUGGACGGAAGAGCGCGGGACGGCGAGGUCGAACUGAAGGAGACCUGCCACCGAAGCCUCCCAAUCCCCGGACGGCAGGAAAUCUGCAGGUUCCGAGCUGCAGAGAUCGCUUGUCACAUGAGCGUCUCGGAACUCCUUAUCAUUCACAAUAUCGGGAUAUCGUGUCACUCACAUGGUAUGGGCAGAGGGUUCGACCGAGCUGCUCUCGCGCAGGGCCAGCGCAAAACCGGCCAUGUCAUCCGGCAGGGCUUCACUCGCCCUCGGGCUCGAAAUGAACGCGCCGAAUACGCUACACCAAUGCUCAGCGCUAAUCUGAAUGGGGUUCGGACCUGUACUCACCCCUUUUCAUCCAAUCGAGCACUCAGGAUCACCUUGCAGACAAUCUCGGUCACUGUUGCGGUGGCGACCCUUCGGCGGGCUGACCCAUUGUGCGAUGUCCUCUCUGAUCUGUAG